CGCCAAUACCAUGGACUGCACCAUUUUCCUGCCGGCCGUUGCACGCACAGUCAGCCCAUUGUUUUUGGCUUUCUCCUCCUUCUCCCACCAAUCCCACGGCUUUACCGAAAUUCACUCCCCAAGCUACUAAACAAGUGGCCGCACUUUCCAUGUAUAUAUUACCAAAUCCUCUCCCUCACCAGCCACCACCGACCUUUCACAACUCGAUAAAUAAACCCAGAAACAAAGCAGACCCUAAAAACACAGAAGAUCGAAUAUGAGUUCAGCAGCGGCGGCGAGCAAAGCCUGGAUGGUGGCGGCCAGCAUAGGCGCGGUGGAGGCGCUCAAAGACCAAGGGGUGUGCCGGUGGAAUCACGCCAUGAGAUCAAUCCACCACCACGCCAACUCCAAACUCAGAUCCCUCGUCUCUCACCCGGCUAGAAGAAACCUUUCUUCUUCAUCAUCAUCCUCUGCUUCGGCUGGGGAGAUGGCGAGCAUCGGUGGAGCUGCGAGGAAAACAGAGGCCUCGUUCGACAGAGUGAUGGGGUUGGGCUGUUUUGGUCCCACCACCACCCGAUUCUAGAUUAUGUCUUUCUUUGCAAAUGUGCCAAGAUCCAAAACCGGUAGAAUUGAUGUUCGUUACGAAAAGGAACAGUAAUGAACAUGGUGGAGAUUCGUUUUGAGUUCCGAGGAUGUCGUUCUGGUAUUAGGAGUAGUUUGUGAAUGUUUUUGAUGGAGGAAUUUGAGCCCAAUGUUUGCUCGAGUAUCUUUGAUCUCUGUAACUUGCCGGUGCUAAUUUCUUCUGCCUUGGCUGUAAUGUCAUUGUCAAUAUUCUUUCAUCGCACGGUUCGAUCUAUUAAACCGAUAACCGGCCGGUUAUCCACUAACCGGUAACUGAAGUAAUCGAACUUCGGUCGGUUAUCCGAAGCUGGCCAAAAUGGUUUUUGGUCUUAAAAGUAGUUCGGUUAACCGAUAACCGAGGUAACCGAAAAACCAAUGCCUAUUUCGGUCGGUUUUCGGUAAGGGGUGUUUAUUUCGGUUAACCGAUAACCAGCCAAUCGGUUACCGGUUAUAACCGAAAUAACCGAAUUGCCAGCCCUAUAAAAUGUUAUGGCAAAUGGUAGGGCAAUAACAAGUGUAUUUGUUUUAGGUCAUGAUUUUCAUGUCUUGAUCUAGCAUCGUUCUAGCCGGAGGUCAGACCAAAACACAAGUCCGCUUGUGCAAUAAUGACGAACAAUAAUGAAGGGUAUGAACUAACUAAAUUUGUGAAGGUAAUCAAAACUUCACUCGUAGAUUCGUUCAAUGUGCAUUCCGACAAACAGGGGUCAUACGCCAUCUUCAUUCAACAUUUAUAAUUGAAAAAAAGAUACAUAAUGAUUUCAAUCUGAUCAUAUUGGUUUACAAUAUAGGUAUGUAAGAAGUUCGAACACAAGAGACCAAUAAACUUAUUAUCCGAUA